AUGACAAUAUCCUACGACGAAGAGUUCUCCUCGUUGAUGCUCCGAUGGAGAGGAUCCAUCUGGAAGGCGGUGCUCAAGGAUCUCAUCGGAUUCUACAUUGCCUACUACAUUGUUCUCGCUUUCCAGGUACCAAAACAACAAAAACAUUUUGGCUUACAUAAACGUUUCAGUGGUAUCUUCUGGAUGAAAAGGGCAAAGAGUACUUCACCGGAUGGAUUAUGUGGUGUGAAAUCGGAGCGCAGUACAUUCCUCUUUCCUUCUUACUUGGUUUCUUCGUCUCUGUCAUCGUCGCCAGAUGGUAGGUCCCCUUCCGAUACUUAGAUACCUUCACGUGCUCCCAUUGUAGGUGGGAGCAGUUCAAUUGGAUCUCGUGGCCCGACAAGAUGAUGAUCAUGGUGUCCGCGUGUCUUCCCGGCAACGAAAACAUCGCCGUCCGCCAGACGAUCGCUCGUUGGAGCAGUCUGCAAGCGGCCAUCGCGUGGUCCGGAGUUUCAGUUCGCACGCUGAAACGGUUUCCGACCGAAAGACAUAUGGUGGCGGCAAAACUGAUGACCGAGGAGGAGUACGACAUGUUCAUGAACACCGAGGCUCCGCACGGGAAGUGGUUCAUUCCGAUCAUGUGGAUUGUGAACCUGAUCAAGAAGCAGAAGCAGAAGGGGGUCAUCGACUCGAUCCAGAUGGACAUGCUUCUCAAGCAGGUCUACAGUUAUCGUGACGGUUUCGCGAUGCUCUUCGUGUACGACUGGAUCAAGAUUCCGUUGGUGUACACGCAAGUCGUCGCCAUCGCCACCUACGGCUACUUCUUCAUUUGUCUGAUCGGAAGACAACCUAAACUCGACCAGAAGAGUAUGGAGAAGGAGAUUACGAUUCUGUUCCCGAUCUUCACCACCUUUCAAAUGCUGUUCUACCUUGGUUGGCUCAAAGUCGGACAAUAUCUUAUGAAUCCGUUCGGAGAAGACGACGAUGAUUUCGGUAAGGCCACUGUGAGCUUUGAAGGGAGACUCGAGAUUUCUGGUUUCAGAGCUGAACUACGUGCUCGACAGGAACACGGCAAUUGCUCACAUGAUGGCCACGGAGCUCGCCGAUCAGCUGCCCUCGAUCGGAGCUCCGAUGCUGCCGGCCAUUCCGCACACGAGAGCUUCGUUCAAGAUCCAGGACGUCAUUCCGAAAUCUCAUUUGGCCGGUUUCAAACUUUCCGAACAUGAGAUGAAACUGAUUAAACCGGAAGAUCUGCAAGAGCACGAACGUCUUCUCGAGGAGACGAAAGUGACGAACCGCCAGAGACUCGGAACUCUGGUCAGAGCCAUUGAGAAGAAGUGAGAAUAUUGUAGGUCCGGGAGGUAAAGAAAACUAAUUUCAGAAGUCGCACGAACGCCACAAUUAACGAGAAUGACGAGGAAUGA